AUGGCCUCCAAAGCGUUCUACGCAGUCGUAGCCGGCGUGGGUCCCGGCACCGGGGCCGCCGUUGCCCUCCGGUUCGCAAAGGCGUAUCCCGUCGUUGUCUUGGCCCGCAAGCCCGAGAGCUACAAUGACGUGGUCGCCGACAUCAAGAAGUCCGGGGGCAAGGCCAUAGGUAUCAGCACAGACAUCGCCGAUCCCGAAUCCGUGGCCUCGGCCUUCGCGACCAUCAAGAAGGAACUGCCAAACACCAAGCUUGCCGCUGCCAUAUACAAUGUCGGCGGUGGCUUCGGUGUGAAGCCCUUCCUUGAGUCGUCCAUCGAAGAGAUCGACGCCUCCUUGCAGUCGAGCCCCCGAGGCCUCUACAACUUCGCCAAGGCCUCCCUUCCGCUCCUCCUAGAGUCUACCGAGGACUCGCCAUACCCUCCAACCCUGCUGGUCACGGGCGCCACCGCCUCACUCAAAGGGUCGGCGCGCUUCGGCCUCUUCGCCGCUGGCAAAUUUGCUAAGCGGGCGCUGGCGCAGUCGCUUGCGCGUGAGUUCGGCCCCAAGGGCGUGCACGUCGCUCACGUCAUUGUAGAUGGCAUUAUCGACAUCCCGCGAACGGCGCAGCGGGAGGCGAACGGUGGUGCGCCGGACGGCAAGCUCAAGCCAGACCAGAAUGCUGAUCGUGGGAAACAGAUUGCGGAAAACUAUUGGUUCCUUCACACCCAGCACCGAUCGGCGUUCACUCAAGAACUGGACCUACGCCCCUAUGUAGAGAAGUUUUAG